CCUGCCUCAGUAAUGGGUGAGGCAGGAUCCUGAUUGGAACAGUGAUGCAGGAAGGAGGCUCAGGUGUGGACGGUCUGAAAAGACAACUGAAGAAGCCCUGCUUCCUGCUCCUGUUCUGUCUGGUGCUGAUUGUCUUUUGUUCCAGCAACUCCCUGUCAUGGUGGUCCAGCUUUCCACUCAAAGACCACUACCAGAGGUUUAUAAAUCCGGUUCAUCGGCCUCCUCUUUACCGUGACCGAUUGAAAGACAGAGUUCAACUAAAUGAAACCACAGAACAAACUACUCUACCUCCUACCGUACCUCCCAAGGCUCUCCAGUUCCAUCUAGCCUACCCACGUAACUACCACUUUGUAAUGGAUAACAAAGAAGUGUGCAAGACCAAGACCCCCUUCCUGGUCUUGAUGGUUCCAGUGGCACCUAAGAACGUGGCGGCUCGGAACGCCAUCCGGCAGACGUGGGGCAACAGCAGCGAGGUUCAGGGGGAUGUGGUGCUCACCCUGUUCAUGCUGGGCCUCUAUAGAGGAGCCGAUGUGGAUGCGCUGCAGGAGAAGCUCCAACAGGAGAACCGACUGCACCACGACUUGAUCCAGAGCGACUUCCUGGACACUUACCUCAAUCUGACCAUCAAAACCAUGGUGAUCAUGGACUGGUUGGCCACUCGCUGCCCCGAAGCCGCGUACGCCAUGAAGGUGGACUCGGACAUGUUCCUGAACAUUGACAAUUUAGUGAUGAUGCUACAGAAGCCGGACAUCCCCAAGCUGAACUACCUGACCGGGAUGCUCAUGCGGAACAGGCCGGUCAUCCGCUCAAAGAACUCCAAGUGGUACGUCCCUGUGGAGAUGUACCCGGAGCCUUUAUACCCCACCUACACUCUGGGCAUGGGAUACGUGUUCUCCAACGAUCUUCCCGAGAAGAUUGUGGAGGCUUCAAAAUCGAUUAAUUACUUUAACAUAGAGGAUGCUUAUGUUGGAGCUUGCAUGAAAAAGCUGGGACUUUCUCCCCAAUCUCCCCCGAAUCCGUCCAAGUUCAAGGCCUAUAACACAAAGUUUAAUCGCUGCGAAUACUCCAAGAUCAUCACUUACAUCCUGGGGUCUCCAAAACAGCUGGUGGAUUACUGGAAAGACUUGAAGAGGCCUGAACCCCCUUGUUAGGACAAUGACACUGAGAAAUCCCCUGGGGGGCAGGACACUUGAAGGUUAACUUAUUUAUUUGUUUCUUUUGGGGGGCCAACAUAUCAAUCUGUAGGGAUUGGAAAUGAAAGGGGCGCCAGUUCCUAGACUGGACAAAGUAUCAGUUACCAGUUCACCUCCUGGGCACUGCCGGGGUUUUUUAGUGCCUUUGAGCAGGGCACCAGACCCCACCCUGCAUUGAUAAUAAUAAAAAAGAGAAGUUGAGAUCACCAAUGUGAAAACAGGUUUCUGAACUGCAUUAAAGAAAUGGUCAUGAGAAGCGUUCUGUUUUUACGUUUG